CAUGUCGAUGUCAAAGGCCGAUAACAAAAAGUGCGUCUAAUGGUUUUUUGAAAAAGAAACACCAUUUUUUCUUUGAUUCGUGUGAUUGACGACCUUCACUAUCUGGUAUAUAAUUUUACCUUACUAUGUUUACAUCAUAUAUCUGCAAUGUGUCUGAUAAUAACACCUUAUGAAACUCAUGAAUCACCGAUAUAAGUAUCAGGAGGAUAUAAAAACCGUUGCCUGUACCCUUGAUUUGGUUAGUCGACCUUGAUGAGUUAUUCCGAAAACCACAACCGUUCCAAAAGGAUGAAGUUAAACGUUUACUCAAUAGUACUUGUUUCUCUGUUAAUCACCGUCAGAUUAUCAGAACAAUCCACAUGGCACUGGUCAUGUCGCGAUAACACCGGGAUUACUUUCUUCCCGAGUCCUGACGAUUGUAACACGUUUUAUAAAUGUAAUCGAGAAGAGCUUUCGCAAGCCUGGUGUCCGCCUGGUGAAAUUUUCGACGUAUUUUCUCGCAGAUGUGGCAAUCCGGAAAGCUCGACUUGUUUCAUAGAUUUGAUGAAUCCAACAACAACACAACCUACAACAACAACACAAAGUACAACAACAACAACAACUCCAUUACCAACAACAACAACUCCAUCACCAACAACAACAACACCUACAACAACAACAACAACAACAACAAUACCUACAACAACAACAACCUCAACAGCAACCACACCAACAACAACAGCAACCACACCAACAACAACAACAACGACAACAGAAUCACCUACUGAGCCUGCGGUGACCGAACCAAGAUGUCCACUUUUGGGCUUACACUUCUUUCCACAUCCGACCGAUUGCCGACGAUUCUUCGCAUGUGUUAUAGGACAUUUGAACACGAUCAUGUGCCCAAUGCCGAGAAGAUGGAAUCAAGCAUUAGGACGGUGUGACUCGCCAGAAAAUGUACAGUGCGAUCAAAGUUAA